AUGGGCUCAACCGGACAGCAAUUAUAUCCCUUGCGCACUUCCGACCCCUACUACGAUCUCGGGUCAUUGAGUCGCAGGGUGAGCACCGCGUCCGAAGAAGCGCAGACAUGGUUCAAUCGCGGCCUCAUUUGGACAUAUUGUUUCAACCACGACGAAGCUAUAACAUGUUACAAGCAAGCCAUCGCCCACGAUGACACCUGCGCAAUGGCAUACUGGGGCGUAUCUUUCUGCUCAGGCUCCAAUUACAACAAAACAUGGGCUCUAUUCGACAGCGCCGAUCGCAUAAACGCGAUCAAAAAUUGCUUCACAUAUUCCCAAGCAGCUCUUCAGCGUGCGCAAAAUACUUCGCCCUGGGAACAAGCUCUCAUCAAGGCUCUGGCAAUCCGCUAUCCAAACGAUGACCCCAAUCGGGACUUUCUAGCAUGCAGCAAGGCCUACACGGACUCUAUGCGCGAGGCCUAUGAGAUCUUCGGCCACGGCGAUUUCGACUAUAUAACGCUCUUCGCUGACGCGCUGAUGAACUGUGCUCCGCGCAAAUUAUACGAUGCAGCGACGGGGCUGCCUAUCGCAUCAUCGCCAGUCUUCGAGGUUAAAUCUUUACUUGAAAGAGCGCUGAAACUGCCUGGUGUGGACAAACACCCAGGGCCCGCACACAUGUAUAUUCAUCUCAUGGAAAUGUCCGCAACACCCGAGGCUGCUUUGCCUGCCGCGGAUAUGAUUCGCGACUUGAUACCCGACACGGGACACACGUACCAUAUGCCCGCGCACAUCGACGUACUUGUCGGCGACUACAGACGUGCGGUAGAAUAUAAUCUGAAAGCCACAAUUGCUGACGACAAAUACUUUGCGCGGAGUGGUGGCCUGACGUUUUACAGUUACUACCGUCUACAUGACUAUCACUCACUCAUCUACGCGGCGAUGUUAGCGGGGAAAUCCAAGGCUGCAUUCGAUGCAACAGACCGCAUGGAAGCAACUAUCACUGAAGAAAUUCUGCGUGUGGAGACGCCCAUGCUGGCGAAUUGGAUGGAAUUUUUCAAAGCAGUGCGCGUCCAUGUUCUGAUUCGCUUUGGGAGGUGGGACGAGCUCAAGGCUCUUGAGCCUCCCGAGGAUCGAGAGUUGUACUGUGUAACCAAUGUCAUGAGGCAUUAUGGAAAAGCAAUUGCCCACGCGGCCACGGGUCAAAUACCCGAAGCUGAUGAAGAGCGAGUACGCUUUGAAGAGGCGUCACAAUUGGUCCCGCCCUCACGAUUGGACUUUCCCAAUAAGAUAACCGACAUUCUCAAAGUUGCAUCGGCGAUGUUAGACGGCGAGAUAGAAUAUCGGCGGGCGAAUUUCGAGACUGCGUUUGCUAGACUGCGCGAGGCGAUUAUCUUUGAAGAUGAGUUGCCUUUUGCUGAGCCUUGGGGGUGGAUGCUGCCGGCCCGACAUGCGUACGCAGCUUUAUCCCUGGAGCAGGGGUACAUUGAACAGGCGGCCCAGGCUUAUGCGGAGGAUUUGGGUUUGUAUCCAACGCCGAAACGCGCACAUCAGCAUCCGAAUAACGUCUGGGCUUUGCAUGGUUAUCACGAGUGCCUGGAGAGACUGGGGCGCCUUUCCGAGGCGAAUAUCAUCAAGCAGCAAUUGAAACUUGCCCUUGCUGAAGCCGACGUGGCCAUUACGUCGUCUUGCUUUUGUAGGCUUGGGGUAGCUGACGGUGGUGAGAAGGGGGGGAGGCAUAGGGUGGUGAAAGGAGUUGCGAAUGGCAUUGCGAAUGGGAAUUGCUGUUCUUCUACUCCAAGCUUUCAAUAA